UAUGACAGACGAGGAUUAUCUUUCAUCCCGGCGCAUGUAGAAAUACUCCGGUGGAAGAGUUACAUUAGCGUUGAUUUGUAACGGUGUGACGGUGGUGGUUAGAUGGUCGCUGAUUGAUCAAACUGAACGUUCUUCGAAUUGCUUGUUACUUCAAGCUCACAGCAUACAUUAUAGUAGAUAGUUCAGUCGGAUUAGAAAAAUAAUCCUAGAAUAGGAAAAGGAAUCGCUAGAAGUUUAAAAUUUUCUAUCGAUGGCGGGUGCAGGGAAUGAACAGAGAAGUGGACGUACACCACGGUGUAUACCUUGCCUUGCGGAAUAUAAUGAACCAGAUGAAGACGCUGGGUGUUGUGAAAGAUUGAAAUAUGCAUUCAUGUGCCCACCGCAUGGAAAAGUGGCCAUGUGGAUCUCCAAGAUCGUGGCAGCUGCUGCCAUUUGGGGAACAUUUUGGGCUAUAUUGGGUGAUGAAGCUCUACCUGGUGGUAACUUUUUCAGCAUUCUAGUACUGAUUUACGCCUGUGUUAUAGCUGCCGCUAUUGUGGAGUUGACGCCAUUCCCACCACUAUUAGGUAUGCUGCUAGUGGGAUUUUGCCUACGAAACGUUCCAAAAAUAGAUGUUGGGCGAGACAUCGACAAAAGUUGGGCAUCUACGUUAAGGACUAUUGCUUUGGUUGUUAUUUUAAUAAGAGCUGGUUCUGGAUUAGAUCCAAACGCAUUAAAGAAAGUAAAAUGGAUGGCUUUAAGGUUGGCUUUUUUCCCCUGUGUUGUUGAAGCUGCGGUUGAUGCUGUAAUUGCCCAUUUCCUGCUAGAUUUCCCUUGGAUGUGGGCCUUUGUAAUGGGAUUUGUAUUUUCUGCCGUAUCACCAGCUGUCGUAGUACCGAGUAUGAUUGGAGUACAAGAGAAGGGACUGGGAGUUGAUGAAGGUAUCCCUACACUUCUCAUUGCUGCAUGUAGUGUUAACGACGUUAUCGCUAUCAGUGGAUUUGGUAUAGUUCUUGGAAUGUCUUUCUCUAAUGCUAAUCUGAUUUACAACAUAUUUCACGGUCCUCUAGAACUGGUUAUUGGUGUAGCUUUUGGUGUUUUCGCUGGCCUUUUAUUUUGGUUUAUUCCUAAUAAAAACAGUAAAAAUUUGCUGAUGUAUCGUUUCAUUAUGGUGACUGCUUUUGGACUAUUGGCUACAUUUGGGUUCCGAGUUGGCGGGUUUCCUGGCGCAGGUGCCUUAGGAACAUUGAUCAUGGCUUUUGUAGCUGGAAUUGGUUGGAGGCGUCGUGGAUGGACUAGUACAGAUUAUCCUAUUAAAGCAGUAUUAGCUAAAUGUUGGAAGGUAUUCCAGCCUUUGUUGUUUGGUUUGAUUGGUAAUGCUGUAUCUAUAGAAAAUCUACAAAGCGGGGAUAUUGGUAUUGGUGUAGGUAUGUUGUUUAUAGGACUAGCAGCUCGUCUCGCUGUUACUUUCUUGUCGUCAUUUGGUAUGGAUUUUAACCUGAAAGAAAAAUUAUUUAUAACUAUAUCUUGGUUACCAAAAGCAACUGUACAGGCUGCCAUAGGACCCGUCGCAUUAGAUACAGCAAGACAGGAGAACGCUAGCGAGGAUGUUAUUGCUAUAGCAACUAGUAUAUUGACUUUUGCCGUUUUGUCCAUUUUAAUAACGGCUCCAUUGGGUGCUGCAGGUAUUGGUUUAACAGCUCCGAUUUUGUUGAAAAAGAGCACACGUGUGGACGUAGAUGAUGACAUAGAAGCACUAGAAUCAAAAGAAUCCAAAAAAGAUGACCAUCAGUUAAAUGGUGUGAAUAAUCCGGCGUUCCAAAAUUCACAAAGUGACGUAUCCGUCUCCGAAGUUAUAACAACAAAAUUUUAGAAAUUGCUUUUACAGCGUUGUUGAUAUUCCAUAGUUAUUUGUGCCAUCAUACCUCUGUUUAGUUUUAAAAAUAUAUGUAAAUUUUAUGUAAAUUUGUGACAAUAUCAAGUCAUAACUCCCCAUCAAGUAAUAUCCGCCAUAAAAUACUUGAGAUAAAUAAAAGAGAUUUGGACCAUUAAAUCGUGUAACGAAAUUGAUCGGUCUAAAAAUAGAUAAUUGUCUGAUGCCAUUUCCAUUGAAAAACACUAAAGAUUAACAGGAAACGAGCAACGUUAAAGAGCGAUCGUCGUGUAAGACCAUAAAUAACUAAUGUAAUAAAAGUGGCAGGCUAUAACCUCUAUCCCUGUCUUACUUUUUUAAAAAAAAAUCAUAAGAAUUUAUUGUAUUAUUAUGAGAUGAUAUAACAUUUAUUAUUCAUUAAUCAAUAUGCAUACACUUUCAUCCUACCGGUAUCCGUUGUUUAAAUAAAGAGCAUGCGUUUCAGUCUCACGUACCCUAACAUUGGGGGGGGGGGGGAUUUUAGUAGCUUUAAUUUGUAAAAUAAGAUAUGUAUGCAUUAGACGAAGUGGAUUUUGAUUUCAUUUGUGUCUAAAGUAUGUUUCGGGAUUUAUAUUAACAAUAAACUACAAAUAAAAGUAAUAAUUUGCUUUCACAACAAAUAUUAUCCAAAUUAAGUUGUGAAUAAACAUAUUAAAGAAACAUUGUGGGAGAUUAGAUAAAGAGCUGGAAGUUCUCACUAUAAUAGUUAAAAACUAGAUAAGGUAAAGGGAAUUUGCUGAAAAUUUCAGUAAAAUUGAUCCACUCUGAACGGAGAAUUUAGAGAUUGAAUUUUGGCCUAGCAUCGAUCAUCAUUACUAAAGUCGGUACGAUAAAAAACAUAGUCUCGAUCAUCUAAUUUUUUAUUUAAUAAUCAAUGAGCGUUGUGCAGCAGAUAGGAUUCUAAUCCAGUAAAUACCGCAGGCUAGCGAUGACAUCGCGAGUUGGUUAUGGUCUCGAUUGGUAGCGAAAAAUAUGUCAUGAUACAAAAUGAUAUUUGGCGUUAUUUUUUUGUUUUUUUGUUUUGUUUUUUUGGGGGGCGGGGGGGGGGGGGGUUGUCACAGGAGUUCAACAAUUGAAAUAUUACAUCCAAAUCUGUAUAAUAAUUACAAAACACUAUAACAGGCUGUUUAAAGUCGAGAAACAAACUACAGUGUGUAAAUCUAUUCAAUAUAUUCUAAAAUGUAGGGUAUUGACAUAAUGUUAGGUACGUGAGAUUUAACUUAACCUAUACAGUGUAGGAUAAGUGAGGUUACAUUAUACAUACUAUAAAAAUACUUACAUCUAACGUAAAGGAGCUAAACUUAUAUGACUUUGGUCAAAAUAAACUACUGAAUUGGGUUGAUCUCGGGCAGAUUGCCAUCCCACAAAACUAAUCAAAAUAGACAAUUUAUUUUUCUAACCAAUAUAUAUGAAAUUACGGAUUUCUAACGCAUUUAUAUAAAAGUUACAGAUUUUUUUUUCUUGUAUUUUUAUAUUUUAUAAUGAGGGUUAUUACUGAAUUUGGUAUUCAGUAACACAAACUAUUGCGGUUCCGAUGAUAAGCUAUCUACUGUUUUAUUAAAAGAAAAUAUUUUGGUAAAUUUGUCAGUAAUAUUAGUACUGUGAGUGUCUUUAGUAACCUCAAAGGUCUUUUUCCCAAAAUGUUUGAUACAAAUGUCAAAGAGUUUAUGUCCUUUGCCUUUUGUAUGUGAGGAUGGUUGGGCGUGAUUUUAUUUUAUUAUUUUAUUUUUUAUACCAUGUUUUACUAACUUGACAAUGACAAUCGUUCUAACUGUUAACAAAUUGUUUUAUGUAAAUAAGUUCACAUUAUGUAUAUAAGUAAAAUUGUAAAUAAAGAAAGUAUUUACUAAUGAA